GCCUGCAGAGCUCGGCAGCUUAACACAAACAAACAGAGUAAAAAGACAAAUCAUCGCCGAAAAAAGAUGCCCCGGGACUGGACAUCGUCUGCUCAUCACUACAGAAGCCCAACAAUACAAACAUCCUACCAAGAUGUCUGCAGCCGAUAGGGUUCCGUCUCCCCCGGAGGCUGCGACGGAGUCUUCUGUCCAAGGCCCGGAUCUGGAGUUUUCCCAUAAUCAAACCCCAGACGAAGAGAAUGAAGCUAUUGAGAGCACGAUGCCCCCUUUCGAGCCAUUGUUCACUCUCCUAACCAACUCAACUACAAAUACUACUGUGCAUCCUCGCAUCCACUACGUAUUCUCCGAUGACGACCCUUCAAUCCUUGCAGCUGGUGCUCAAGACCCGUCGCACCGACCUCUUGUCGUAGAUCUCGCGCCAGCUCCCGAAGGCGAGUCCAACCGCUGGGCUGUAUCUUGGGCCGCCAGUCUAACGCCCGAUUUCGCCGUGACAAACUCAAGCGUAGCUGUCCAGCAGAGCGAGGGUGAAGAGAACGGAGGUGCUGGCGCUUUAAUGCUCCGUGUUGAAGGCAUCGAGCGCGAGCCCGUCGAAAUGCGACCCGAGUCCCUACCUAGCUCGGGCAGUGGCGCCAUAGGAGGGGAGGACGUCGAUGUCUUAGCGGAAGAGUUCCGCAGACGUAUGGGAGUGCUAAAGAAGGUGGUUGAUGAGGCUGAAAAGAGGCGUUUGGUAAUGGGACAGGAUGAAGACAUUCACGAUGCAGAAGACUAUGAUGGUGCACCUGAUGAAGCGGUGGUAGACUACGAUGAUGACAAGGGGAAGCCGAAAGCGAAAGCAGAGAAUGAUUGAUAGGAACUCACUCGAGAAGUUCCGUUUACUCUGAUGAUUUUGAGAUUAUGUAUCGGUAAAGACCGAAAUGUGCCAUUAAUAGUGAUUGUGAUUCUACAAGACCAAGACUUUUGAACUUCGGUAUCAACAAUAUAGAUGACCAGGUAGGAAUAUGGUCAUCACACUUUCAGGUGGACCAGGCACCUUUGAAUAUGAGUGAUUACAGCUUGGCGUAUAGGGCUUGUCUGAUACGUAUGGAUAUCGAGCGUGUUAGAUUGUUAAUUAGCGAUUGAAUAUUUGAUCAGUCAAAACAUCACGAUGCAUCAACACAAGUGAGGAAGCGAAAUGUAAUUAAAAGUUCAUACUAUAAACGCCUCAAACUAAUGCAAAGAGAAAAGGAAAUCAAGCGCCAGAAGAGUGGCAGAGUC